GUGAUGCUUUUCUUCACCCAGUGCUUUGGGGCUGUGUUAGAUCUUAUUCACCUGCGGUUUCAGCACUACAAGGCAAAGAGGGUUUUCUCAGCUGCCGGGCAACUUGUCUGCGUCGUCAACCCAACGCACAGCCUAAAGGUGAGCAAGUCACGCAGGGGUGUGGACAGGUCAUCCCCAAAAUACGACAGCUUCCACAACCACCACCAAGCUCACCAUCACUGUCACCAGGCUCAUAAUCACCCAUUAAACAGUCACAUGCACCCUCACCAUCUGCACUUCAGAGAAGCUCCUUAUGAUGGAGACAGUCUGUCCCCACUCCCUCCAUGUCCCUGCACGUGCCCGCUCUUCUCCUGCCCAUGGGAAGGGCACUUGGAGGUGGUGGUGUCCCACCUGAGGCAGACACACCGCAUCAACAUCCUUCAGGGAGCAGAGAUUGUCUUCCUGGCCACGGACAUGCACCUGCCCGCACCCACGGACUGGAUCAUCAUGCACUCUUGUCUUGGCCACCAGUUUUUGCUGGUCCUUAGGAAGCAGGAGAAAUAUGAAGGCCACCCCCAGUUCUUUGCUACGAUGAUGCUGAUCGGCACGCCGACUCAAGCCGACAACUUCACCUACCGACUGGAGCUCAAUAGGAACCAGAGACGCCUCAAGUGGGAGGCGACCCCCAGGUCGGUACUGGAGUGUGUUGACUCUGUCAUCUCGGACGGGGAUUGCCUUGUGCUGAACACUUCCCUGGCUCAGCUUUUUUCCGACAACGGAAGCCUAGCCAUAGGAAUUGCAAUAACCACCAGCAAAGUUCACAACACCGAAGCUGAAAUGUGAGGGGGAAGAGGAAGAAGAGGAGGAGAAAGAGGAGGAGGAACAAUGGUGCUCUAGCUGCCUUGUGAGAGCCAGAACUUGCGGACUUUUCG